UUUUACUACAUGUGUUGACUUUGGCAUCUAAUGAAUAACAUUUCUUUACAAGCUAGUUAAUGCUAAUAUGCAAAGUGUUAAUACAACAUUUCUGAGAAGAAGACUCUAGAAUAAAAUUUAAAGCUAUCCUUGUUAUCUUAAAGAAUUUUUUUUUAUUAUACCAUGUUCAAGGUGUAUUUUUGUAAUUUACAUUACUGGUGUGCAAAAUUAAUUCUCUAGAACAAAACUGUGUUAAGCUGUUUCCCAUUAUAAAUCAUUAUAAUUUAGUUUUGAUAGUAAAGAUAUUUUUUAAAUUCUUUAUUUUAAAAUUCCCAUUUUUUAAAAAGCGUAACGUGUUGGCAAUGCAGGAAAGUAACGUAUCGUGUAAAAAAAUUAAAUUAGAAAGGCUGCCAUAUUAUUUAUUUUAUUAAAAUAUAUAUAUACCAGGUUUAAGGCAAAUAUAUUAGUUAAGUAUUGCAGUUACAAGACAGGCAGCAAUCCAAAUUGGCAAAAAGUUUAACUGUAGCAUAUGGGUUGCUUUAGAUCAAUUUGAGAAAUAAUUUUGUAUUGACAAAGUAUUUAUACAUCCUUUUUUUUAAAUUUAAAGUAUAUAUGUAUUUAUUUCUUAGGGUUGGAAAUAUUUCCAUUUAAGACAUUAAGUAUUGUGCAUCAACAACAGUCUUGGUCAUGAAUGGCGUGCGAUCGCACCCGCAUGCCUCCGUUCUACUUUGUACACACGCCAAGCAGAACUGAGCUAUUUUAGAGUAAUCCCUUACCCAAACUUUACCCAAUACAUAAUUGUUCUUCUGCGUUAAAAUGUAUCUCUAAAAUGUAUUUCUAUUAAAUACCCACCUUCAUUAAAAUGUGAGAUUAAAACGUGAGAUACAUUUCAAAUGUUUUGCCUCGGCAUUGCGUCGACAAUAUUUUUUUUGUUUUUCAGCUGGCAAAAAAUUUCUUCAUUACCCUUGUAUUGAUCUCCUUAAGACGAUGACAAAUGGAAAUGCUAUUUACGAACCGAAGGUCAGGGCAUUAUUAAGUUGAAUAUCGCAGAAGUCGCCGGUGACAUGCUUCAAAAAUACUUGUCACAGGCACAGUUUAAUGCAAAGCGGAACUGUACAGGAAAGUCAAUUAAGAGUCUUCGCAGAUUAAAGUUGGUUAUUCAUUUUUCACAUGCUUCAUUCAAUAUGGCGGCUUGUUGUGAACAUGGUUUGUAAACAUUUUGUUGCUAAAAUAAAUAAGUCAACAAACGAAAAAGAAGCAAAUAAAAAGUAAAAAACAAUGCUUUAAAAACUCUGCGCUGCCGCUCUCCUGAAUGUAAUAAUUGCACGCCAAAAUCAUAAGCUAGGCGUGCGAUACUGAUUGCACGCCUGUAUUAGUGUAGGCGUACGUACAACCGCACGCGGGUACAAAUAUUCAUGACCAAGACUGCAACAAUGUAUUCUACUAAUCCAGAAUAUUAUGAAAUACUUGUUUUAUAUAUAUAAUUAUUCUUUAGAUUAUAUCAUAUCAAUUAUAUAUAUCAAUAAAAUAAAUAAAAACAUGUCUGUUAUUAGCAUUGCAGUUGGUGAUGCAUUAAAAUCAUUGAAGUAUUGGAUUGAUCAAGAUGCUGAUGAAUUUUCUGUUGAAAAGGUUGACGAAUCUAUGUUGACUAAAAUGGAUGAUAUUAUUAACGAGAUACAAGACAAAUCCAUAACACAAUUUGCAGAGUUGUGUGAUAAAUAUAUCCACCAAGUGCUGUUGGGGAAAAGACCAAAUUAUCGCCUUGAUGUAUUCAAACACAAAGUAGUUGAAAUUGAUGGACAGAGAUUGAUGCCACACCAUUUGAUGUACCAUAAUGUUGAAAGUGGUUAUGGUAAUUUUAAAGACACCCAAUUAGAUUCUAUGAAGGUGGUCCUUAACAAAUUUGUGGACUGCGAUAACCAAGAGAGACUUGUUGUGGAUGUUUUGCAGUACAUAGUGGUGUUGUGGACUACUAUUGGUUUUUGCAAAGUUAGCCCUGCAGUGGCACGUUUUUACCUGGCUGAGGGAGGUAAAGAUAGAGGCAAAGAAGCUUAUGACAUGCUCGAACGGAGAUUUAUGAAACGAUCAAGUAUAAUAGCAACGGAAGUAAAGAAAAGGGAGAAGGAAAAUGACGAGAAAAUUGCAGAACAAGAGGGAUCUAUUAAAACAAAUGUUGCGGUGGGCCAAAAGAGGACGUACAAAAAGGAGAAGAAGAUCUGUCCAGAAUGUGGGGAAAGUAAAUUUAAUUUGCCUCGUCACGUGGAGGAUAAACACAAAUGGACAAAAGCAAAGUCUAAACAGAUAGUGAUAAGCCAUAGUCUGAGAAAGCCCUACAAUUGGCACCUUGAAACACCCAGUAGGAAAAAAGGAGGCGCAGAUAAAAAAACUUAUCCAGACUAUCAUGUUCCUCGCAUAUGUCCGUUGCCAACAUGUUUGAGAGUGGUAAAAAAAAUGUCAGAGCAUCUCCAACUUUACCAUAAAUUGGAGACUAAUGAAGAGUAUUAUGCGUUAUUACGUUCCUCCCGUCCCGUUUCCAAAAGCAACGAAGCUCCUCGGGAAGAAUCAAGUGUAGAUUUUGAGACGAACUUCAUCAAUCCGGUUACUGAAGCAGAACGCAACGACUGCGAAAGCAGCACAAGCUUUGACAAUAAUGGCACAAUGCAACAGUUUCUGGCGUACCUGAUGUCCCCAGAUGGUGGGCAACGUGAAAGGAAAAGUUCCUUGCAAGCUGUUAGCGAAGUACGCACAGUGGUAAAUGUUUUGGGGGGGCAGCUUAUUAAUCUAUUUAAGAAGAAUAAGAUCCGAGACGAUUUUUUUGUCAAUUACUUAGACAAGAAAAGCAAGCCGGCAACCUCCAAGCACUACAUGUCUUCGCUAAUUUCAUUCAUGGAAUUUGCAGUCAGUGAAGGUUUGGAGUUGCCUGAACUUUGUGUGGAUGAUUUUAUAACCGCGAAAUUACGCUUACAUAAAUGGCGUAAAACUUAUAACAAAGUCAUCGAUGAGCAACGUUGGGACAGAGAAGAAGCUCAAAUGGAGCUUUUAGUCAGUCCAGACCAAUGGGCAACAUUUGAAUGCAGCGAAUUGGCCAGAAAUGCGGUAAAACUGUUAGGGACAGCAUCAGAAAGCGAAGUUUUCACCAUGUUGGAAUACACCAACGUGCGUGAUUACUUGAUGACUGUUAUCGCUUUGCAAAAUGCACACAGAGCGGGUGUAGCAUCCAAUUUAACUUUGGAGGAAUUUGGAAAGCGCAAGUUAGAUGACAGCGGUCAUAAUAUUCUCAUUAAGGUAAAGUACCACAAAACAAAAAGUACGCAUGGCCCAGCGGUAAUUUGCAUCCCUGUCCAAAAAGCAAGAUUAUUGGAAUUAUUUGUUAAAUACCUAAGGCCACAGGUACCUGGACAGGCAAAUCAGGUGUUUGUUUCUUGGAAUGGAAAACCGUUGGAAUCUGGCAGUGUCAGUAAACAAAUACACUCCAUUUGGACACGCUCUGGAGUUUACGAUGGUUUUGAAAUGCCAAAAGGGAACAUAAACACUACGAUAAUACGCAAAUCCAUCACAACUCGCGUCCAUGAUCAGCAACCAGAUAACGCACAGCCUGUAGCUGAUUUGCUUGCACAUUCGUUGUCCACAGCUAAGAAAGUGUAUCGCCUUAAAGAGCGCGAAAAGCAAGCCGUUGCAGGAAUAAACGUUAUAAAUUCUGUCUUUGAAAGACCAAGACCAAAUUCAACACCAUCCAAACCAAACAAGUGGAGCAAAGACGAGGAGGCAAAAGUGUUGCAAUACUUUGAAAAAGAAAUUGCUGCGCAAUACAUAAAUAUUUCGAUGAUCAGGGAAAAAUUGCCAUUACUAGACAUCUCUAAAUCUGAGAAACAGAUUUACGACAAAAUUCGUUCCUAUUUUAUUUACGAUGCAGGUACAAGUAGCAACGUUGAAGAUCAAGUAAAAGUAAAAGAAAAUGCAGCUCUUGAACUUUGUCCUCCCGUUGAUGCAUCAUUUUAUCAGCAAUCUGAGCAUGACGACUGUUCGUCUAUCGCGACUGACGUAAUACCACCAACAACAUCGUCUAAUCUUUCCGGUCAGCAGAAAUUGUUUGAUUCUAUUGAAACCAAUGAAAUCAAAAGUCUUUGUUUUGACAUCAUAAAAGGUGGUCCAAUUUCUGCUGAACGCAUACUGGAAAAAUUGAGUAAAUCAGAAAUUGGUAGAGAAAUUCUGCAAAAGUAUAAAAUUAUGCAAGUCCAGACCAGGCUGAAAUACGAACGCCGAAUGUACAGAAUGAAAAAACGAUAAAACAUUUAAGUAAUGGGAAACGAUAUCUUUUUCUUUCUUUUUUCCUUGUUUGUUUUUGUUUUUUGAGCACAUAGUUUCUUUGAUCGCUACGAAAAUUAUGUUAUCUGUUUUUGAUGAUAGGAGAAAACGUUAAGAAAUGUCUAACAAUUACCUAAAGUUUAAAAGGUUUUAUUGAAAUUAGUUCCGUAUUUUGUAUUAAUAAAAAGAUAACGAGUGCUUAUUUUAUAUAAAAUUACAACGAGUCUAUAUUUGAUAAAACGAUAGUGAGUCUUUAUUUGAUACAACAACAAGGACUCAUAUUUUAUUAAACAAUAACGAGUUUUUUAUUUUUAAAAACGAUAAGUUUUUAUUACAUGUUUUUGAGCCGCUUUUAUGUAUAUUUUUUAUGAUGCCAUGCAAAUUUAUUAAGUUGAGUCUUUUAUUUGUAUACCCCAUUCUAAUAAUUAUUUGGAGAAACAAUCUUGUUAAGUUUACUUCUCGCAAUACGUAAAUGAAACGCCCAAGAGCUUAUACAACCAAAAAAAAAAAAUUCCAAUCGUUUCUAGUAUGUGCAAUUUUGCGAAUAGUGUCAGGAUUGCGCGAAAAUAAGGUGAACUGUCAGUCAAAGUUUUUCGCCUCAUUACUUGCAGCUAGAGUUUCAGCUUGAAUGUUAUGGUUCCAACAUCCAAUGGCUUUGACGUACAGUUUCUGGGGUUCCAGUUAUAAAAUUUCAAAUAAAUGUUAAAGCGGUAACUCGAGAGAAUUAGGUCACUGGAGAUUUACUUCCGGGCCUUGUGUUACGGUAGUUAUACCGUUUAUUAAAAUCACGGUUGACUUCAUGAUUUUCCUAACCCUUAUCUUAGCUUUCCAGGUUGUUGCGACGUUUAGAAUGCCUUUAGCCUACCAAUGUAAUUACAGUCUAUGUUAAGAUAACUAUUAUUGCCAAGAUUGAUACCUUUUCGAUCUAUACAACUGUUUUAUAUAUGCUGUAAUGCUUAAAAUGAAUUAGUAAUAAUGAUAAUAAAUCUCCCUGUGUACGUUUCGCCCACGCGUUGUGUGUUUGGAAGAACACGGAUCUUACGUCAACAGGACUUAUAUGGAAACAACAUUUAGCACCUAUAUUUUCGUUGACCACAUUCAAUUAAACUACCAGUUUAUUAUUCGUUUUUGUGCCUUAACAACAAGGCUGUAAAUGCCCACCUGCUGUGCUGGCGGCAAAAUUCUUUUUAUCUUUAACUAACGCCAAACUAUUAUGAACUCGACAGUCCCAAGUUUAAUGUGUGUUAAUCAAAACAAGUUUGCAAUAUUGACAAAAAACGCAUGGUUAUGGCCUUUUUGCGAAAUAAAAUUUCGUAACUAAUCUCCCCUAAAAGAUACAAAAUUUAUAUUGCAAUUCUGCGGUCUAAAUGACUGUCACAGGUGCUAAUUUGUGGUUUUAGUAUUGCAGAGUGCUUUGAUCUUCCUUCUCAGUGGGUUUUUAAUCUUUUUUAUUAAAAGCGCAGCAACAUAAUUAAUAUCCAUGGAUCUCCUAAAAUUGAGGGAGAUUAGUUACGUCAACAGCAAAAUUGGGGUACUAUCACUAAACCUUAAAUUUUAUCCGUUUUGAAAAUCCCACUGACAUGAAUUUUUGCAUGAUAGUUGCUGAAUGAUAUAUCUAUACACAUACCUAAUUUUAAGUUAAUUCAUCAACAAAUAAGGCCGCAAAACACAUUUUCAGAAAUUAACGAUGUCGCGUUUCGUUCCUCCAACGAACUCCUUUCCAAGGUUGCGUUUAGUUACACGAACCCCACUUGACUGUCGU